GGUAGUCUAGGUUUGCUUCCCGGGUCUCUCCCUUGGUCUUCGAUCUCAGCCUGGGACGGGCACUUCUCUGUCUAAUAUGGAUCAGCUUAAUGUUUAGCCCAAGAUACAUGCACACGCACACGCACGCACGGGAUUAAAAAGCCAGGGGGAAACACAUACGCUGCCUGAGGAUGGAGUCGAGAAUAUCACAUGAGAGGAGAACGCAUGGUGGCGGCCCCUUAGCAGGCCAUGUUGGCGAUAAGGACCCUGCAGAGCUUUGUGGGAGGGUCUCCACUUGUUCCCUCUCUGUUUUGGCUCGUCUCUAUGUGUAUGCAUUGCACGGCUGCUUCUGUGAGGUGACUUUCACUGCUGUGUUGGACUGGUGCAGCAUCCAGGACAGGAGGAUGAUGGGGUACAGCAGCCUCUGGGCGCUGCCUAUGUAUGCCAGUGCAAUCUACCUCAUGGAGAGUCUGAGAGGCUGGCUGCUGGCUCAUCAUCAACCACUGUCUGUGCGUCUGAUAACCUACACACUGUUCAUCUACCUAUGGGAGUUCAGCUGGGGGAGCGGGCUCAGGCUGCUCGGGGCGUGUCCCUGGGACUACUCGGGUUAUAAAUAUAAUCUGGGAGGACUGGUGACUCUGGAGUAUGCGCUACCUUGGGCUAUUGCAGCCUUCAUAGCAGAGCAGCAUGUAAUCAAGAACACGCUGAGGAUAAGAAUGUUCACGUGAACAGCUAUUGCUAUAAUCUAGAAAAAUUAGCUUCCAACAGUUGCUAUCAACUAAUUCAUUCACACUCAUUUUGGAACAAACUGCACAAAAGUAAAUUCAUGAAAUGUUGAAAAUUUUUCAGGUUUUCCUUUAUGUUGUUGUGUUGGACUAAUCCAUGUAUAUUUGGAUUCUCAAUAUAUUUUUUGUUAUUAUUUUCUAAAUAAGAACAACAUUUGUAUUCAGAUUUGAAUGGACAACUAAUUGAAGAUGGCUACAGUAAUUUGCAGCAUUUUCACCCAAUGUAUCAAUGCAAGAAGUAAUUGUGACUCUUGAAUGGAUUUCUAAAUAAAUGUAUAAAAUGCACAUCUUGGAAUUGAAAUGUUGAGCACUGCAAACAGUAAAGUUCUAAAAUUCA